UUCGGUGCCUAUUGUCAGGAAACAAAAGAGGUCAUGUACUGGCAUGUGGACAACAAGAGCCGACGGGUUCUCUGGAGCCACAUGCUCAGAUACAUCGCCCCCGGUUCCAUCAUUGUUUCCGACAGCGCGGCCCAAUAUCGCGGUUGUACGACGAUGGGCUUCUCUGAACAUAAGACCGUUAAUCACAGCCAGCGGGGCCCCGGGAGAUUCGUCGACGCCGAUGAUCCCGAGGCCCACACUCAGAACAUCGAGUGCAGAAAUCGCUGGCUGAAGAAGUCCAUCAAGUCGCUCCGCACGGACAGGAGCCUGCAGAGCUACAACUGUACGUACGUGUACAGGACGCGGGUCCUGUCCCAGUUGCCAACAACAUCGGCAAAAUUCCGGCAGUUCAUCGGGGACAUCGUGGCCGUCUACCCGGGCCCCGGUCGUCAGGGUCUCCAACUCCGGACGAUCGGUGUGCCCGUGGAUCAACAUCUGCCGCCGGACGAGCCCUAUUUCGAUGUUCCCGUGCACGAGGGCGACGAAGAGGAACGGCAGGGGGAUGACGACCGCCCAACAACAUCAGGCGCCACCAACACCUUCGUCAUCGACCCCCAGGACCUAGCCGAGGCGGGGACCAGCGGCCUCACCCCGUCCUCACCCACGCAACAUCGGGAAUAGGCUAGGCGUCGCCAGAUAGCGAAAGGACGUGGCGGGAGAUGCAGGAGGAGACGCUGUUGAAGGUGAGUGUACAAUCUGGUUUCAAAACGGUUUU